AUGUCUGCACAUCACUAUGAGGUCGCAUUAUUCGGAGAGUUCUUCGCCAAGGAUCUCAAACCCGUCCUCAAUCGUAUAACUCUUCACAGCGAGUCGUCGCAGCCAAUGCAUACCCGUGAAGUCGUCUUCGAACCAAUAGACGCUAUAUCUCAGAGGGAUUCUGGCAACGAACCCGUCCUGUUGAGGGCGAAGAAAGAUAUGACUGACCCAGAGGCGGAAUGGAUAUUGUAUUCGUAUUUGAAGCCUGAGUCGGUAAGGGUACACCAUGAAGCGACGAUCCGUCCUUGGGCAACUGUCAAUGUUAUGGGGGAUGCCCUCAGUUUUGCAUGUGCACUGGGGUACAUCCGUCGUUCUCAGAUCUACAAACGCGGGUUCUCCUUCCGGAAGGGACAAUUGGUGAUUCAAAUGUUCCAGCAGGAGCAUGUAGAUCCCAAGACACAGCAACCUAUUCCAGCGCACGCAGACACAUUGUGGGAGGUCGAAGUCAAGACGGCUUCACCCGUCAGAAACACGCAAGAAACACCUCUAAGCCAUUCAGUAGACGCAGUACUAGAGGUGCAGCUUCUCAUGAAAGGUCUCCUUGACUUACGCAGGCAAGAUGUCUAA